AGAACAACAUAGCAACAACCUUAUAAAGGAAAAGAUGCUCUGGCUUCAGUUCAUACAGCAAGUGAAGUCAACACCACAGUCCUCUCAGACAACAUGCUCAGCCUUAUUAAACUGCCCAGAGUCUUCACCAUCAACCAAGUCCCAAAAGUGUUCCAUGAGGACAGCAUCAUCUCAGGCUACCGACACCCUCGCAGCUCAGCCACUGACUGCAUCCUCAGCCUCUUCCAGCUGACCAAUGAAACUCUCAAUAUCUGGACACACUUCCUGCCCACAUGGUACUUCUUAUGGAAGCUGCUGACGGUGGUCCUGACGCGGGACGUGUGGAGCGACUCGUUCACAUGGCCCCUCCUGGUGUUCCUGAUGUCGUGCUGUGUGUACCCGCUGGCCUCUAGCUGUGCCCACACCUUCAGCACCAUGUCAACACGCGCACGGCACAUCUGCUUCUUCUUCGACUACGGAGCUCUGAGUCUCUACAGCCUGGGCUCAGCCAUAACAUAUUCUGCCUACGUGAUUCCUGAUAAGUGGGUGAACAGUUCGUUCCACCAGUACUAUAUCCCCAUCGCUGUGGUAAACACUGUCAUCUGUACCGCCUUAGCCUGCUACUCCAGGCUUGGUUUACCAUAUAUCCAAUAUAACCAUGACAUCAUAAAAAGAUUCUCAGAGUGUAAGAGCCCAAAGUUUGGCAAAUGUCUCCGCAUUCUAGCUUUCGCAUUACCCUACCUGUUCGACAACAUUCCUCUCUUCUACAGGCUCUUCCUCUGUGUGGGUGAGGGCUGCACUGACAACAACACCAACCCCCUCCACCACACCCACAUCGCCCUGGCCUUCCUGACCGCAUUCCUCUUCGCCACACACCUACCAGAGCGCCUGGCCCCCGGCAGCUUCGACUACAUAGGUCACAGCCACCAACUGUUCCACGUGUUCGGCAUAAUCGGCACUCAUUUCCAGAUGGAGGCCAUUGAGCAGGACAUGGUGACGCGACGCCCGUGGCUCCUCACGUACUCUCUGCCCAUCACCUUCACCAACACACUGGGGGCGGCACUGCUGAGUGUCACCCUCAGCCUUGGCAUCAUCUUCCUCUUUAGUCUGCCUCUGCUCUGCUGAUUUACCAACGCUACUGAGGAGCAGGAAGAGACUGGAGCAGUUGGAAGUCAAACUGUAUAUGAAGAAUCAAUCCACUGAGGAUACAGGAAGAGACUGGAGCAGUUGGAAGUCAAACUGUAUAUGAAGAAUCAAUCCACUGAGGAUACAGGAAGAGACUGGAGCAGUUGGAAGUCAAACUGUAUAUGAAGAAUCAAUCCACUGAAUGUUACAUGAAGAGGAAUUUUCAAUAUUCCUUCAAUUUAGUUUUUAUUUUUAAACACUUUAUUUUUAUACUAAAUAUAUUUAUCACGUGAUCAUUUUUAUACACAAACAAUGGAUAUGUACCACAAACACAUCAACAAUUUUAGGACCACAGUCUGUAGUCUAAGGACUGUUAAGUAGAGGGUUUUGGUAGUAUAUUGUAAACUAAAAUCAGCACUGAAGGAUACAAUAAGUUAUUAAUGAAGUGUACAGUAUGUAUGAUGGUCAGCUACUAAAGUGAAGCUGCCUUUUAGAGAUACAAGUGAUACAUGUCAGAUCGCUUUCCUGUAAACUGUUAAGUACAGUAUUAUUUAAAGCAUCACCAAGACAUUAUAGUUCUCCGUUACACAUUAAACGUUUUCUUUGGCUCCUGUAAA